AUGGCUUCACAAGAGGAAAAACAAUCUCAGCCCUUUACAGACAUCUUCAAUGAAGACGAAGCUGAAAAAUCCUUUCUGUUGUCCAAGCCCGCUUGCUUAAUUAUCCUUGGAAAGCCAGGUUCUGGAAAGAAAACAUUAGCUAGAAAACUAGCACAAAUAUGGAAAUGCAUUUUUAUAGAAGCUUUAGAAGUAAUUCAAAUGAAUAUUCAAGAAGAGACAGAAUACGGGCUUAAGUGUCAAGAAUUGCUUUUUAAAGGUCAAAGUAUUUCUGAAGAACUGGUUACAGAAAUGAUUCUAAAAAAGAUUGAGUCACCAGAAGUUGCUCAUUUUGGUUACGUUCUCAGUGGAUUUCCUUCUCUGUCAGAGGAAUACAUGACUGUUUCACAGCAAAUAGAGAAAAUAAAGAAUCUAAAAUUAAAACCGGAUUUCCUGAUUAACAUUAAGUGUUCAGAUUAUGACUUAUGCCAAAGAAUAUCAGGACAAAGGCAACACCCUGAUUCAGGGCAGGUAUAUCAGAGGAACCAAUGGGAUCCUAACAUUAUUGAAAAGCAUAAGAAAAAGAAAGAUCAACACGAAGAAGAGAAUGAAGAAGAUGAAGAGCAGGAAGAAGAAGAGACUGCAGAAGACCCAAUUAUGACAUCAGAAUUUUUACAUCAAUUAGUGCAGAGGCCUGAAGAUAUUCUUGAAAAUGCAGAAAAAAGAGUUGGAACCUAUAAGGAUAUAAUGCUUCAUCCUUUAGAAGACUUGAUGGCUGAACAGGAUUGUCAAUAUCUUAUUGAACUGGAUGGAAAUCAACAACCAGAUGAUCUCUUUGUAUCAGUGGUAGUUCGACUUCAAUCUCUGGGUGUUCAAAAUGGAGCUCCUAUAACUAGACUUCAAAGUCAGCAAGAAGAAACGCUGGAGGGACUGGAAAAUGAUGAACUUUUCCGGGUUCUGUCAUCUUACAAAUUAAUAGCACAUGGAUAUCAAUGGCGUAGAAGCAGGUGGGGGCAAGCAUGUCCUGUGGCUCUAAAGGAAGGUGACAUUGUAAUGGGAAAGCCAGACUUGGCUGUCAGUUUUCUAGGGAAAAUGUACAUACUGUCAUCCCCAGAGGCACUGAAAACCUUUAUGUUAAAUCCACGGCCUUACCUGUUACCACCAAUGCCACUUCCUCCUUGUAAAGUACUAGUAUUUGGUCCUCCAUUCUCUGGAAGAACAACUAUUUGUAACCUAAUCGCACACAAAUAUAAAGGAAAGGUUCUUGAUAUGGCCAAACUCAUUCAACCACAUAUGGAAGAAUCAAGAGAAGCAAACAUUGAGCAAGUGCGAAGGGAUACAGUAGAAAAAGCUAUAACAGCAGUGAAAAAUAGGUUGGAAUUAGAACACCAGUCAAGAGAAUCAGGAAACUUGCAAGAACGUAGUAAUGUCAAAGAAGCAGAUGAUUCUGAAGAACCUGCUGAAACCAGAGAGGGAAUAAACUAUGAAGAGGGGACUACUAUAAAAUCUGCCAUCAUCAAAAAAAGAAUGUCAGAGAUAACUGCUGACCACCCAGAAGUUCAAGUGAUGGUAGAAGAAGCCAUAAAAAGAACAUCAGUCUCUGAAGUUACACUGUCGCCUGAAAUAUAUGCUGAAGUACUGGAGAGAGCUAUUGCAGAGCUCACGAAGAAGAACAAAGAUAGGUUUCCAGGUGCUCCAGAAAAAGGAGGAUGGGUAGUGGAUAACUACCCUCUGUCAGUAAACCACUGGUCAGCUUUAUCAGAAAAAGGACUUUUACCUGACACUGUUGUCUGUCUGAAGGAUACAGAAAAAGAUGGAGCCUGUAUACUACGCAGAACAUACUUAGCAAAUCGGGAUGCAAUUAAUUCUAAGAUUUUGCAAAGACUAACAGAUGAAGCAUUACAAAAGAAAGAAGAAGUAAGAAGAGAAAUGCAAGAAAUACUGCCAUCAGAGGAAGAUGAAUCUCUACAGGCUGCUGAGGAGAAAGAAAUCAUACUACCUGACUUUUCAGAGGAUGAUUUUCCAGAUAUACCGGAAAUUGAAAUAAUUGAAAAGAAGAUUGACCUUUUCAUGCAUGACUGGCAAACAGUGGAGUCAGAAAUCAGGCAGUCAUCUCUAGUUCAGGUUGUUGUUUUAGAGGUUGCCGAGCAAACUCCAGAAAGUCUGCUUAAUCAAACUGUGCUGGUUAUGGAAAAACCUUUUAAAUAUCAUGGUUGGGAAUUAUCUGCUGAAGACUUAGAUGAGGAAGCAGAAGAUCUGGCUGCUGAAGGGGAAGAUGAAGAAGAAGAAGUUGAAGAAGAAAAUGAAAAUGAAGAAGAUGAAGAAAAAACUAAGGAAAAGAAAAGGCACAUGGGAGACACAAAACACUUUUGUCCAGUCAGUCUGAAAGAGAACUUUGUCCUUUACCCAGGACUCUGUGAACAUGCAGCUAAAUAUCAAGAAAAGACUUAUUACUUUUCAACUUCUGAGUACAGAGAUAAAUUUUUGAAGAACCCUGAGGAGUAUGUGGCUCACAAUGAACCAAUACAAGCUCCUCCUUUACGGGUAUGCUUACUUGGGACUCAUGGAGCAGGUAAAACUACUUGUGCACGACAGAUAGCAGACAAAUUAGGCAUUUUCCAUAUUCAGUUUGAAGAAUAUCUACAGGAAUUGAUCUUACCCAAAACUAAAGUGAAAGUUGGGCCCCAUUUUGAUGAAGAACCUGAAGAUUACAGUAAAAUACCAAUUGUAUCACAGGAACUGGAAGGCUUCUCUCAGACCAUGACUAAAACUGAGACUGAAAAAAGCAAACAGGAAGUGGAGUUAACUGAUGAGGAAGAAGCAAUCAAAGCAAAUCUAAUGGAUAAUAAGGCACUGUCUCCAGAAGUCCUUGAUAACAUUGUUCCUGACUGGUGGAGGAAAGAGCCAUUCCGGUCCACAGGAUUUAUACUGGAUGGUUUCCCUCGUACUUUAGAUGAAGCCCAGUAUUUGUCAGAACGAGGACUCUGUCCUGAUGUUGUGAUUUAUAUUCAAGUAGAAGAAAGUGACAUUCUUGACCGUCUUUUUCCUCCACGUCUGAAAAAAUGGAAAGAAAGACAACAUAAAAAAAUGGAAAAUAAAAAGAAACUGAAAGACCUGAAGGCAAAAAUAAGGGGUGAGAAAAUUGCUAGAAGAAGAGAAGAACUUUUAGCAGAACAAAACCAAAAUAAACAGAAGGCUUUAGCAAGUAAGGAGCAUUAUGAAGCCACUGAGGAGGAUGAGAAUGAAAAUGAAGAUGUUGAAGCUAUACUUGAAGAAGAGUUUUUAGAAGAUGAAGAAGAAGAGGCUGAAGAAGAACAAGAGAUUGAUGCAGUUGACCGCAUACAAAAUGAAAUUGCAGAGAAGUUUGAUUCAGAAAUAGGCAGUUUACAAGGUGUACAGGAAGAACUUGAAAAAAUGUUAAUACCACAAAUCGAGAUCAAUGGAGGACGGAAGCCUCACAUUGUACACUACCAAAUAUAUAGCAAGCUGAAUUCUCUAAUGGAAAAUCGUGGAAGCAUUUUUGAGAAAUGUUACCCAAUAAGUUUGCCACUUGCACAUAAGAUGAUAGUUUUCUCAUAUAAAUUUCAAAGUUCUUUUGGCCAGUGGGAUCCAAUCAAGCUAAGUGAAGGAGAUGUAAUCAUGCCACAACAAAGCCCUGAAAACACGGUCUUCCCUGUAAUCCAUCGACAAUAUAUUUAUUUCUUUUCAAGUAAAGAAAAUAAAGAAACAUUUAUGAAAAACCCCAUCAAAUAUAUUCGUCAGCCAAAACCUAAACCUGCCGUGCCAGUUAAGAUUGCAAUCGUGGGACCUCCAAAAUCUGGAAAGACUACAGUUGCCAAGAAAUUUGCCAGCGUGUAUGGGUUACUACGCCUCAGCAUGGGAGAUGCCAUACGGCUAGUGUUAAACAAUCAGCCAGAGACUGAGUUGGCAUUAAUGUUAAAGCGGUAUCUUCACAAAGGACUGACUGUACCUGAUGAACUGGCCAUCCAGGCUCUAGAUGUGGCUCUGAUGAAUCACGUGUGUAACACCACCGGAGUUGUAAUUGAUGGAUAUCCUGUAACUAGAAAACAAGUAAACCUCCUGGAAUCAGCUAGGAUAAUUCCAGUGAAAAUAUUUGAACUAGAAAUGGAUGCAAAAGAAGUGUUCAGAAGAGCACUGUUGGAUGAGGAAAGCAUGAACAGACCUCCCUACCUUGAACAUGACAGCUUACAGAUUCUGGCUAUUAAAAAUUCCUGCUAUAAACAGCACAUUGAUGCAAUUAGGACUUACUAUAAGAAGGAGCAUCAGAACUGGUGUGUGAUUGAUGCCCUUCAGAGCAAGUGGUGGAUCUGGAACAAAGUACUGCAGGAAGUUCAAGUGGUUGUUAAAGAAAUCCAGACAUACCUGGAAAGAAUAAGAGAAGGAAAAGCAGCCGGCAUUGCUGAUUUAUGCAUCAGUCCCACAGAGCUGCGGUAUCGGCUGGGGGAGUUUGGACAGUACUGUCCCGUCAGCCUCGCAGAAAAGGGUGAAUUGGUUGACUGCUCUGUAACACCAUCACUGCAGUUCGCUGCAGAAUUUCGAGGACACUAUUACAAAAUGGCUUCACAGGAAGAACUGGACAAAUUCUUGAGCAGACCAGAGGUUUAUGUGCCACCACUGGCACCUCACCCUCUCCCACCCCCAGAGAUGCUACCAAAGAAACUGACUGCAGCAGAUGUGAAGGCCUUAUUCCCUGUAAGGGCUGAAAUGCAGGGGCACUGUCCAGUCACUUACCUAGAUGGAAAACAGAGAUAUGAAGCUUUGGUGCCUGGCAACAUCGAGUAUGCAGCAAAAUAUCAAGAUAAGUUAUAUAUUUUUGAAAGUGAAGAAAAACUUCUGAAGUUUAUGAGGUUACCAGAGAAGUACUGGAAUCUGAAGCUUCCACGUAAACUCCCUCCAAUAAAGAAGCCAAUACUACUCACUGCGCUUCCUUUGGCUGGAUACCUUGAACAGGGAGCAGCAACUUCUCUAAUAAAAGCUCUGAAUGAAGUAGGCUGCUUAAAGCCAAAGUUUCCAUUCCUAAGUGUAAAAAAAACUGCUCUGCUAUUUGUCGCAUGCCAUUUAAAAGCGCACAACCCCAGGAGCUCGGCGCCGGCGCGGCAGAUGUACCGGAGGAAGCUGGCGCAGCUGAUGGAACGCUGCCAGCUCGUCCCCUACCUGGGGGCAGCCAUGGCCGGACCCUACAAGGAGCCGCGGCGCCGGCCGCCGGGCUUUGACGGCAGGCUGCAGGCUUUUCUCUCCCUCAAAGACGCCCGCCCCGGUUUUCUGUAGCGUGGGCUGCGUGUUUCCUCCCCACCCCCCGUAUUUCCUUUGGUUAACGCAAGGAGCGUCGCCAUCAGCCGCCUGCGCUGCUGCAAAGCGGUCGGUGAGCAGCGUCACGCUUUCUAGGACCAGUUUCUUUACUACGAAACCUUACAAUUAAAACCUCUGAAGUUAC